AUGGCUGGUCUAGGAGCUGUUGCUUUGCUCGCCUUUGCUGGCGCGGCGCGGGCAGCACGAUUCGCCGUCGCCAACACGACCUUUAUCACUCAGGCACCAACAGACACGACGACUGAGCCGCCAGUAACUCGAGCUCCUUCGACCAUCGGACCACCACCGUCGGUCUCGUGCGGCUCCGUCAGCAGUUUCCCUAACAUCGUGCUUGCAGAAUAUACCGGCUUGUCCACGGAUCCUGCGCUGCAAUGCCAAUGCUUGCUCUCGGUCAAUAGCUGGCUAUCUACAACGAAUCCUCCUACACGCACGCUCACCCGCACCAUUGGCACAGGAGUGACGACCUUUACUACAACAAUCGGUACUACCACAUCGACAGUCACGACGGUUGUCAACACUGUCGAUGUACAGACCGCCACCGGUAACUUUAUUCUGCCGGACCUGAACAAUUGGUAUGGCACAGCCGAACCGCCAUGUUGUUAUAGCUGCACAAUCGGGGCAUCCACCGUGGAAGUCUUCUUCUUUGGAACUCCCACCGCUACGACUGGCUCUGAAGUCCCUGUUACUUCCUUCACCUCCAAUGGAGUCGUCUUUGAGUCGCCCUCUGUGUACAUCGGCUUCAGCGCCCUCUCGGCAGUGGACUACUGCGGAACGGUUGGCCAGCCCUUCUUCAACACCACGAUUGGCUUUGCGCCGGACGAGCUGUCAACUGUCAGUUUCGUGCAAGUGACGGGCACGCCAGUUACCGGGACAAUCUCUGGCGUUGUGUCGGUGACCACGCCUACCGUCUGGUCUCCCGCUGGCGCUGCUCCCUUGCAGACCACCGACCUGGAGAGGAACUGCUCCACGAUUGUUGGAUACUCAUACAUUCCUGGCAAUCCCUCCAACUCCGGAAGACUCUCACCUUUUGCUGGCAUCCGUGCCUCAUUCUACGAUCCUCCUUCGGCACUCACCUCCGUGACUGCCCUUAUUCCGGCGUCAAGCCAGCCGGCCACGACCACAGCUCGCAGCCGCCCUACCACAAGUGUAGCUCGGCCGACCUCGACGCCGCCUCCGCCUCCCCCUCACACGACCACUGCGGCUCCUCCCCCGCCGCCUCCUCCGGCGUCCUCUUCUAGCCCUAGCGGAGGUAACAGCAGCCCUCCCCCUCCCCCUCCUCCAGCGUCUUCAUCUCAGCCUGGUGGAGGUAGCAGCAGUCUUCCUCCUCCUCCUCCACCACCCCCUCCUCCUCCAGCGUCUUCAUCUCAACCUGCUGGAGGCAAUAGUAGCCCUCCUCCUCCUCCUCCUCCCCCUCCUCCUCCAGCGACUUCAUCUCAGCCUGGUGGCGGUAGCAGCAGUCUUCCUCCCCCCCCUCCCCCUCCACCUCCUCCAGCAUCUUCAUCCCCAGCUAGUGGAGGAAACAGUAGCCCUCCUCCACCCCCUCCUCCUCCUCCUGCGUCUACAUCUCAAUCAGGCGGCGGUAAUAACAGUUCUCCCCCUUCAGAUCCUUCCAGCUCGCCUGUGGGCGGCAGCCCUCCCGCAAGCUCUGCUCCUCCUUCUAACCCCUCUGGCGCUCCCGGGGGCGGCAAUGGAGGUGGAAAUGGAGGUGGAAACGGCGGCAAUGGAGGCAACGGUGGUGGUGGUAACGGGGGUGGAAACGGAGGUGGCAGUGGUACACCACCUGAUGGAACCAACGACUCUGGUAAUGAGGGUGGUAAUGGUUCAGGUGGUAACGGCUCCGGCGGUAACGGCUCCGGAGGAAACGGCUCCGGUAACAACGGCUCCGGUAACAACGGCUCCGGUAACAACGGCUCCGGAGGAAACGGCUCUGGGGGCAACGGCUCGGGCAGUGAUGGCGGCAACUCAGGAGGCAAUGGAGGCAAUGGAGGCAAUGGAGGCAAUGGAGGCAAUGGAGGCAAUGGAGGCAGCGGAGGCAGCGGAGGCAGCGGAGGCAAUGGCGGUAGCCCUGGCAGCGGCUCAGGCUCCGGAGCUGGAGACUCAUCCUCAACUCCAGGCGGGGCUGCUCCCACGUCGAUCCUCACCUUUGGCUCCGCGACUUUUACCGAAAACCCCCAGUCCGAGUUCGUCCAUGGCUCUACGACCUUGAUUCCCGGCGGCCCUGCUCUUACGCUGAGCGGCACCACAAUCUCGCUGCCCGCUGCACCAUCUUCGCCCGGCAACAGUGCCACUACGCCAAACUCUGAAGUCGCCUCCUCUACUCCUGGCUUUGAGACCAGUCCUACGGGAGAGACUGGCUCAUCUGGUCCCGAAGAGACUUCAACUGCUGGAUCUGGAGACGCUGGAAGCUCUGACAGCACCAGCACGGCUUCCUCGGGCCUCCCGUCAAACUCGAUCCCCACGGUGCCUGGAAAUGCGGCGGCUCCGGGACUGUUUUCUGGUGCGAUGACAAGCGUCAAGGCCACUGCGGUGGUGAUGCUUGCUGCAUUCUACAUCUAA